UGCCGACAAAUACGCACAGCAGAAAAAAAAUGAACGACACAGCCACCAGACGGAGCAUUACGACCAGUCAAGGGUUCUCCUUGCUGGAACGACUCCUAAUCCAGACUGCCGACGACAUACUAAAGGUCCUCAAGGUGCUCAAGAAGAAUCUCAGGAAGCACGACAGUCGCAACCUGCCCGGGUUCCACCUCCAAGUACUGCCUCAAGGUCGAUAUUCGUGUCGUAAAGGAUAUGGUCUCAGAGUUACGGCACGUGGCAAAGCGGAUCGGCAAAAGCAAGACUCCGUCCCAUUCCGAGGUCAACGCCGCUCGCAUCAGUAUGAAUGGAACUGCUGACGCCUUGAACGACUUGAAAAAGGCUGGUCGAAUCUAUGACCAGAAUAGAGGCCUCACAAGCGUCGAGUCAGAGGGAAAAAUGGUUGAAGGCGGAGAAGUCGUAAGGAAUACUGAGACGGUGGAGGCACUAGUGACAUUAACUCUUCGCGACAACUUCAUCGGGUUUGAUGCCUUGGAAAACCAAAUUUUAGCUGUAGAAAAGUCGUUGUUGCCGUGGUGAAGAUUUCUACGAGAUGGAGCAACGAGCAGGAACGCCCUGACAGCUCAGACCCGACACCAAGUCGAUUCUCGAUGAUGUUUAACACAAGAUAUAGUUGCUGCUGGCAGCGGCUGCUUCCACGACGCGAUUCACCGUUCUGCUACGAAGUUCCUCUGGCCUCCAUGGAAACUCGCUCAAGCUACUGCUGCCAGAGUAACUACUUUCCGUUUCACGGUGGCAUUCUUGACAAGACAGAUUGAGAUGUGGUGUUCAUCAAUUAGCAAGUACUACAUUGAGUACUGUUGAAUUCAAUCUUACUAUAGUAUUUGUCUAGCCAA